ACGCGCUUUCCAGGAACCCCGUCAGGAAGAAGAUAAACAAAACAAACGGAGAGGAGCAGCGCGCGGAUCCGCGGGAAUGCGCUUUAAGUUACGGUAGAGAGGAGCCACGGCGGAGAGAGGCGCGAGCCGCCCGCCCCCGGGACACAGCUGCAGAGAACACUGAACAGAGGAACCGGCCCGGCCCGACUCCAGCCAGCGGCUUCGGCCUCCGGAUCACAGAGAGACUCUUUUGUUUUUUUGCUCAAAUAAUCGAUUUCCUGCCAGAGAUUGAUAAAAGAAGGAGGAGACUGGGGCAGGAGAGGUGGCAGAAAAGUUUCCGCCAAGGAACUGAAGAUCUGUGCUCGGCAAUGCCUCAGCCCAGCAUCAGUGGAAUGGAUCCUCCCUUUGGGGAUGCCUUUCAAAACUACACUUUUGCUGACCAGGCACUGACCAGCACCGAUCUGUUGGCCAACAGCUCUGAUCCAGACUUUAUGUAUGAACUGGACAGAGAUAUGACCUGUCGCCAGAGCCCCAGAGGAGACGUAUUUGCGAUGGGAGACUGCAAAGAGCUGGACAGCAUGGAACAUCUUCCCGAGCUGGCCGACAACGACCCGGCCUACAGCUCCAACUUCGAACAGUGGGACACGUACUGGGAGGACCUGACCAAAUACACGCGCCUCACCAGCUGCGACAUCUGGGGCACCAAGGAGGUGGACUUCCUGGGCCUGGACGAUUUCUCCAGCCCUUACCAAGAUGAGGAGGUGAUCAGCCGCACGCCCACCUUGGCGCAGCUGAACAGCGAGGAUUCUCAGCCUGUGUGCGACACGCUUUACCACCCGGACCUGUUGGUAAGUCAGAAGCAGACUGUGUUUCCUCCUCCGCUGACGGGCAAGAAGAUGGGCAGGAUGUCCUCCACUGCCACCUGCAGCUCUUCCAUCCACAACCCGCUGCCAGAUUUCGCUGAAGGUUCUCAGAAGGCUACCUGGCCCGUGCCCUCCAGCACCGAGACCGUGGCGAAGGCUCAGAUGCAGGGGCCGAGCAAGACGUGGCCUCUGCAGCCGGACAGCGGCGACUACGUACGCAAGGCCAAGGUUCGCAUCAGUAUACCACGCAAGCCCCCGCUGGAGACCAGCGCGCCGCCGGGGCUGCCGGGCUCUUCCACCGGUUCUCCGCUUGUCCAGGAGCGCGAGUCUGCUGCUUCGCUGGUAAGCAACACCCAGGCAGCCACCUUGGGUCCUCCAUCCACUGUAACCCCCCUGGGUGGCGAGAAGAGGGUGGAGAUUCCUAAACGUGAAGCGCCCGCCGGUCCGGUUCCGGAGAUCGGGCCGUCCAGAUCAAUGCCCCAGAAACUCCUCUACCCCGUGGCUGGCAGCAGCGAGACCUUGCUCACCGUUAGUGCCCUUGGAGCUGACGCCGCCGCUUCUGCCGCCGCCACUGCAGCUGCCGCUGCCGCCGCCGCCGCCGAGAAGAAGAAAGAGGAGGAGCACAACUACUCCCUGUUCCUCACCAGAGCCAGACUCGCCGGAAAAGCCCUCGCCGACAUGGAGGACAACGAGGAGGAGGAGGAAGAGGGUGAAGAAGAAGAAGAUGAGGAAGAGGAGGGAGACGGGGUGGAUCUAGACGAUGAAGACCACGACGAAGGCUUCGGCAGCGAGCACGAGCUCUCUGAGAAUGAGGAGGAGGAGGAGGAGGAGGAGGAGGAGGAAGAGGAUGAGGACUACGAAGGAGACAAAGAUGAUGACAUCAGUGACGCGUUCUCAGAGCCAGGGUGUGACGCCGACAUGGUGGAGGAUGUUAAAGGUCUGACGGCAGGAAUUUCCCGGAAGAGAGGAAAGCGCAGAUACUUCUGGGAGUAUAGUGAACAGCUCACCCCCUCCAAACAGGAGCGCAUGCUGAAACCCUCAGAGUGGGACAGGGACACGCUGCCCAGUAACAUGUACCAGAAGAACGGGCUGCACCACGGGAAAUACACGCUGAAGAAGUCGCGGCGGACCGACGUGGAGGAUCUCACUCCUAACCCGCGGAAGCUGCUGCAGAUCGGGAACGAGCUCCGGAAGCUCAACAAAGUCAUCAGUGACCUGACGCCCGUCAGCGAACUCCCGCUGACCGCUCGCCCUCGCUCCCGAAAAGAGAAGAACAAGCUGGCGUCCAGGGCCUGCAGACUGAAGAAGAAAGCUCAGUAUGAAGCCAACAAGGUCAAGCUGUGGGGUCUUGGCACGGAGUACGAUCAAUUGCUGUUUGUGAUCAACACAAUCAAAGAGGAGAUCGUGAACAGAGUUCAGGAGAACUCAGAAAGCAGCGGAACGAGCAUGGCAGAGAAACUCGACAAGCUCAUCGAGGAAACGCUUGUGCCGGCGCCGGUGGCUGGUCAGACUUCGGACUUCGUGAACCAGAUCCUGGAGAACACUGGGAAGGGUGAUCCCACCGGAGGACUGGUGGGUCUGCGGGUUCCCACGUCAAAAGUGUAGAGAGAUUCCAGAGGAGCUCCCACUCCACGCCAUCCUCGCUAUUCCUGUCCCACACUGUAACGGCCCGACGCUCUGCAUGCCCAUCACACCCGGAGUCGCAUCGUCACGCUUACGAAACGCCCGCCGGUCUCACGCACACGUAUGUGUUUAUUCACCUGACGCACACCUGCGGCGACGAGACUGUAGUAGUUAGAACCUCUGCACUCAGUAGUCUGUUUCUCACCAUGUGUGAAUGUGGCUGGUAUGAACUUCCAUCUACAGGCCACCAGUUCUGCGAAUUCAAAAGCCAAUCUACGAGAUACCUCCAUAAAUGUUCCGUCUUCUUUUAUUUAUGAGAUUGGGGGGAAAACGCAGACAGUUCCUGCUGUAGCCAUUUUCAUCUGGUGUCCCGAUAAAUCUGUCAGAUGCCCUUUACCAGAUUCAGAAAGCAGAAGUGUCCAUAUAGAUAUAUAUAGAUAUGUAUACAGAUAACGUUACGGCCGCUAAGGAGGAUAAAAAAAAACUAAUAAUAAUAAUAAUGAUUUCCUUCAGGUUAUUAAAACUCACCUAAUAUUCCUCCUCAGUUUAUCUCCCUGUUCUAAAACUACAAUAUAUAUUAUUAUUUAUAUCUAUAUUUCUUCAUGCACAAAGUUCUGCUUUCCUUUUCUAGUACUGUGGCAUUUGCAGGCUUAAACUAGGAACACAUCUACACCAACCCAACAACUACACAAAAAAUCUAUACAUCAAAAUACGAUUAUACGUCUAUACGAUUAUAGAAAUAUGAGAUCGAAAAAACGAAGUGUGUAAAAUGGGCUCGGGGUGUAGAAACAGGACCGGGACGCAGCGUGACGAUUCGGGGAGGAGCCUGGGCUUGGAUGUUCUGUUUCUUUGUCUUGGGGUUCUCUCAGGUUCAGGCAGCAUGCUCGUGAGCGCUCGUGAACACUAGUGAGCGCUCGUGAGCGCAGGAUUGUGGGAUUCAGGUGGUCUUGGGCUCUGAAUGGUUUGAGGGCUUUAGAAAUGGACAGUGUACAAACCAGACAUGCCCUGAUGAGUUCAGAGAUGGAUUGAGCUUAUUGAUAUAUUGAUUGAUUAAUUGAUUGAUUAAUUGAUUGACCGGAGCAGAGGGUCAGUUUAAAUCCCAUUCUGUGGAAGAACAGAAUCAUUAUCUGUACUGGUGACCCCCAGGAGAAACCACUUCCUUUACUCUCUUCAGAUGUAGGUGCCCUCACCUCGCGUCACGUCGAGUCACUCGUGAUGUUUAUUUGUGAAGUCGCACUGAAGGGGCUCAAAAGUUGAUCACAGACUGGAUCUUGUUCAUAUUUGUACUUUAAUAAUAGUAAGACUCAUUGUGCCUUGUAGACAUGGAGGAGGGAGGAAACGAAACUCGCUCGAACGAAAAUGAAGCGAAACAAGUGGAGCGUUUUAGGAGGAGGAGAGCAGCAGCUAGUGCGAGAGGUCAGAGGUCAGAGGUCAGUGGUUUGGUCGUCAGAGAUGAUCCUCUGAAUGUAUUUAGGAGCGCGAUGAUAAAUACAGAUUUCUGCCACAGAGUCUGUGCUGUGUUUCAGGAGAUGGCUCUGACAAAAAUUUACUUUUAUUUCUUUCUUUAUUUCUUUUUUUGUUUGUUUCCCUUUUUCGGUACUUUUUGUUUUAAGUGAGAAUGGACUUGUGUGGAUUGUGUGUGUGUGUGUGUGUGUGUGUGUGUGUGUGUGUGUAUGUGUAUAUACAUAUAUAUUCAUCUAUUAAAUACUAUAUAUAUAUAUAUAUAUAUAUAUAUAAAUUUAUCAAUAUAUAUAUAUUUGCACACUAUAUAUUCUGAUUGUUUUGUUUUUGUACCAAAGACACAUGCAACGUAAAUCUGAAAAAAUGGCAAAUCGCCAGUUUAAGUAAGGUUUUGCACAGAUAACCUGACACCGUAUUGAAUGUAGGAAACGUGGGAGGGUCAGGGACUCUCUAUGAACUGUGAAAUUCGCUUGGGUCCAAUUAUUCUCUACAGAAAGAAGCAUUCGUCAUUAUCGGCUCCUCAUCCGGCUCUCAGAUCUUCAUCUGCGGAGGUUCAGCUCCUCCUCCAGCCUCAGCGGGGGCGUGGCUUCAGUUUAUGGCUGUAACGAAAGUUAGAAGCUCAGAGCUGAAAACGCCUCUGAUUCACAUAUAAGUGUGGCAUCAUUUCCACAGAACCAAAACGUUUACUAUCGUUCUACAGUUCUAAACCGCUAUCAUUAAAAAUCCACACACCCAUAAACAGCACUUAUAUAUUACAUUCUUUAUCUUGCAUAUAUGUAUAUAUAUAUUUAUAUAUAUGUUACGAAUAGUGGUUAACUCAUGCACAUGCACACUUCUUAAUCUAAAUACAUUACUCUACUCUUACUAAACCGCCUCCUUUGUAGGAAGCGAUACGUUAAUCAGCAUGACUCAUUUCUAUAUUCAGCUCUGAAGUAUCUCUGAAAUACGAGAUUUAAGAAAACAGAUUAAUUCUAUAUAUUUUUGUAGUGAACGCCUCCUCGCUCGUUUGCUGUUAGGAACGAGACGCUAUAUAAAGCUUUUGUUUAGCUCUGUUUGUGCAGGCCGCUCACCCCGAUGGAGCCGAGGUGUGUGUGCUGUUGAAUGUUGUGUAUUUAAAAGCUAAAGCUAAAGCUAGUUUUAGAGGAGGAGAGUACGGGAGGGAGGUUUUAGGAGAGAGAGAGUUUUGAUAGCUAGCUGCUGCUCCUUCCCACUUGUUCAGUCAGAAAAGCUACUGCAGGUUCUGCUGCAGGAUAUUUGAUAUUUGGUUUGGAGGUGUGUAAAAAGGCUCGUCGCCAGUCUCUUUGUGUAGAAUGGAGAAUCGUUUGUGGAGAAUCGUGUAGAGCUCUUAUUUUUAAUCGAAUCAAAGAAGGGAGAAUAUUUUUUCCUCUGAAACCCCGACUAUAUUUAAGCUUACAGAGUUUUGUACGUCAUAGCUGUUGUUAUUGUUCUUCUCUGUUUUGAGUAGCAAAGUACAUUCUCUAUAUAUACCGUCCAUGUUAGGCUACUGUAAUGUCAGUGUUCUUCUCCUUGUAAAUAGAAAUGAGAUUUAUCUUCUUAUAAAUGUUUCAUAUAUAUAUAUAUACUUUCUAUAUAUAUAUAUAUAUAUAGAAAGUACAUGUACUAUAUACUAUAUUACAUGUAGGAAAACGAAAGCACUUUGUCUAGACAAAAACAAAAAGAGAAAAAAAGCAUUUUUUCCCUUCCAUCUGCUGCUAAAUAUCGGCCUCGUUUGAAUGCUGCAGUGAGUACUUGAUUUCACCAUCUUGACCAGGACAGGUUGACAGUGAGGUCUUGAAAGGACGGGCGAACUUUUGAGUCCCCUGUGUGUGACGACGACUACAGCGUCACGAUCUUCAUUUGCCUUCAGAAGACAUUUCCUAUGGAAAAGUGAAAAAUUCUGCUUUGGGUUUUUUUAUUCAGGUCGAUGUACAGUGUUGACGCAUUCUCUCUGGACGUUGCCAGCGGCGAGUGUCGUUAUCAUUAAUUUGAUUUUUUUUGUAUUUGUACUUUAAUGGGGGAAAAUCUGAGGUGUUCAAGGAAGCUUUGAUUUCUUGUUAGAGGCUCAGAAGAAAAAGAAAAAAAAACUAUAUCGCUGUACUGUAAGGCAAAUCCGUUUGCCGAGGGGAAUCGAUCGGACUACGUUCUUUUUGCCUUUCCAAACCCAUCCGUUCUCAAAAACCGCACGGCCGUAAAGCUCUGCUGCCGCGGCGAAUUAUCCCGGCCUUCGCUGUGCCAUCUCCAACUGAAGCUACGUAGCCCGGCAUCGGCUCGCUUAAAAAACAAAAAAAGAUAAAGAUUAAAAUAAAAAUCGAAAUAAAAAAAACAAAAAAAAACCAAGCACUUGAUGACCAUAGGCACGGGGGUUUAGGCGGUAGCACCUGGUGGUUGUUCUGUCGGUGGCCUGCUGUAUUGGAGAGUUGGUGUUUGAUUUGCGUUGUUUCAGGUUUUUACAUUCAGCUUGUUUGGUUGUGAGCUAAGCUUCGAGUUUUAGACUCUGUGGCAUUCGGACAGUUAACGAAAGGGUUGUUAAUCAAAGCCAGUAACUUUAUUUCUUUCCUAUUUUUAUUAUUAUUUUUAUUAAAACUAAAUCGUCAAAACCGUCUAAGCUAUUGUCAUUAUGUGAAUUUAUAUAGAGAUAUAUUAAAAUAAAUAAAAUAUAUAUAGAAAGCUACAAAGCCUCUGCUGAAAAUCAGGGUGAUCUGAGAAAUAUGUUAAACAAAUUCAACUUUUCCAGUUUGGGGAAAUGAUUCAUUAUUUCUACCACAAAAAUAUAAUUUCACUCGUUAUUCUAAGCGCAUCAUAGCAACUGAUAUUUUACUAUAAUGUGCACCAUUUAUUUAGCGUGUAUUUACUUUAUUUACAUUAUCCAACGUGUAACGACUGCUUUUUUUUUAAAAAAGGGAAAUAAUGUUGUUUCAUUUCUGAUCCAAUCAGAAAGACUUAUUUUCAUUUGUGUAUCUUUUUUUUAUUUCACAUUUAUUCUACCUUUCACUAUGUUGUUGCUGUCGUGCAAGAACCUUGUAUGUGCAAUAUGCUGACUGUACAGUAGAAUAAAAAAAUUAGAUUAAUGAAAAAGUAAAGUAAGUUCACCUUAAAAAACCUUCCAAAACUUACAAAAAACUAUUUUCAGUGUAAAUCUGAUAUUUUCAAUAAUCAGAUUUCUCAGUGUGUGUAUACUCUUAACUGGAGUAUAAAAUCUUCAUCUUUUAGCUGAUUUAUGAUCAUAUUGCAGUUCACGUUUUUUAUUCUGUGAGUUUUUUGGCUGAUUUGUGAUUAAAACUAAAAUCUGAUUAUUGUCUGAUUCAUCUAAACUCUGAGAUUAACCAUAAUCUGACCAGUAUCUGAUUACUCAUGUAAACAUAUAUUGAUCAGAUUACUGGUAAACUGUGAGGUUUUACAAUAAUCAGAUUGUGAAAUGCAUACGAAAUAUAUAAUUCAGUCAUGAUAAAAUUUUGAUAUAAUAUAAAGAACUACUGGCAGAAUAAAAAUUGGCAGAUUCGUAGAUACAGGGUUUUUGCGCGACACCGACCCUGUGAUCAUUAACUUCACAGAGACAGUUCCUUCUUUCCACUUUCCACAUUAAAGAGUAAGCUAGCUAUUAAAUCCAAAUUCUGCUUCUGAUCGUCUGCACUAUACUGAUAAUAAUGAAUGUUGGGGUUAAAGCUGCUUAAAUCGUGUUGAAUAGAAGAUCAGUAAUCAUUCCCUGUUGUAUUUGAAUUGUGUUUGUAUGUUUGUAUGUGCGCCCACUCCUCGAGCUACUUGCUAAAACUGAUAUAUAUAUAUAUAUAUAUAUAUAUUAUUUUUAUUGUUUAUGGAGCAAAUAAAAAUUUAACACUGUAUUUUUACGAAGUGUAAGUUCAGCUAAACGCCAUCGGAUCUCUGUUGAAACCUUUUCUUCCAAAAUGUUCUGAAAUGGCUACAGUACUUAUAUUUAAUCAUUUGAGAGGACACACACCUGCUUUCAUGUGUUUCUUUUUUUUUUUCAUUUGUAAAUAUAUUUUUAAAGAUGUAAACAUAUAUAUAAAUAUAUGUGUGUUUCUGUUGUGCAUGUAUGAAUCAUUGCUCUCAGUGGUGCACUAUGCAGGUCUCACUGCAGCCAGAAUGGAUUUUUAGCUUUUAGAUUUUUUUUGUUUGUUUGUUUAAAACCAAGAUAUUUGAUCUGGAUUAUCUGAGUAAUGUUGAGAUUAAAGGCCCCUUUCACACCAAAAAAAAUACAAAAUAAAACACAUAUAUUAAUGUUGUCUUUCACCAAAUACAAAACUGUCAAACUGCAACAAUGCAUAAUUUUUAACUGAAACUCGCUAAUUAGCUAUAGCUUCCCUCACUAAUUAACUAUAGCUUUCCUUGCUACUUAGCUGUAGCUUCCCUUGCUAAGUAGCAAUAGCUUUCCUCGCCCAAAUGAACUAUAGCCUCACUUGCUAAUUAGCUAUAGUCUCUCUUGCUACUUAACUAUAACUUUCUUAGCUAAUGAAUUAUAGCUUUCCUUGCUAAUGAGUAAUAGUUUGCUAUAGCUUCCCUUGCUAAUGAACUAUAGUGAGCUAAAAUAUAGCCUUCCUCGCUAAUUAACUAUAAACCUCCCUCGCUAAUUAGCUAUCGCUUCCCUCGCUAAUGAAGUAUAGCUUCCCUCGCUAAUGAACUAUAGCUUCCCUCGCUAAUGAACUAUAGCUUCCCUCGCUAAUGAACUAUAGCUUCCCUCGCUAAUUAGCUAUAGCUUCCCUCGCUAAUGAACUAUAGCUUCCCUCGCUAAUUAGCUAUAGCUUCCCUCGCUAAUGAACUAUAGCUUCCCUCGCUAAUGAACUAUAGCUUCCCUCGCUAAUGAACUAUAACUUUCCUUGCUAAUGAACUACAGUACAGUGUCCCUCACUAAUAAACUAUAACUAUAUGUAGCUAUAGCGUCCCUCACUAGUGAGCUGCUAAUAGCUAAUUAGCUAUAGCUUCCCUCACUAAUGAACUAUAGCUUCCCUUGCUAAUGAACUAUAGCUUCCCUCGCUAAUGAACUAUAGCUUCCCUUGCUAAUGAACUAUAGCUUCCCUUGCUAAUGAACUAUAGCUUCCCUCGCUAAUGAACUAUAGCUUCCCUUGCUAAUGAACUAUAGCUUCCCUCACUAAUUAGCUAUAGCUUCCUUCGCUAAUGAACUAUAGCUUCCCUUGCUAAUGAACUAUAGCUUCCCUCGCUAAUAAGCUACAGUACAGCGUCCCUCACUAAUAAACUGUAGCUAUAGCGUCCCUCACUAGUGAGCUAAAAUAUAGCUUCCCUCGCUAAUGUGCUGUAGCUUUUCUUGCUCGUGUGGAGCAGGAGGAUAAAGAGAGCAGAAGUAAACAGGAAGCAGAGAAACAGAGAGAGUAGAUAUUUAUCAGAGAUGUGGAAUUUAUACAGAAGAUAAAAAUGAGUCAGAUUUGGUGUGAUGGUUCCACAGUAUGAUAAUAAAUCUCUUACAUUUUUCCCCACAUUCUCAAAGAUUGUACUGUGUGUGAAAGGGCCUUCAGUCUACACAUUGCUCCUCUAAGUGGCCAUUAUUUCUCAUUUAAAUCUUGUGGAAAUAUGAAAUAUAUUAAGACCAUGUGAUAAAUAUUUUACGAGAGGUGGCCUGUCUUACUGUUGUUAGUAAACAUGCUCUGUUCCGCUGUUUUUAACCUGUUGGAUGCUGUAGUUUUAUUGUUUUAAUAAUAUUUGUCUCGUCAGUGUCGGCUCUGUCAGUUAAUGGACCUUUGUCACGUGUCUGAUCUGCCAUGUUCUGUUCAUUAUUUUGUUAAUCUGUGAAAAAUGUUCAGAGAUUUUUAGAAGAGGAAAGUCUGAUCUGAGCUUUAACUUCGCUGGUUUAGAGUCUGUAGAAGCACGAACUCAAGCAUUCCUUUUUUAUUUAUAUUUCUUUGUUUUGGCAUGUAAGUGUUCUGGUAAGGAGGCUGUGUGCUGUGUUUAUAUUCUGGGUUUUGAUAUAAGAAAAUGUUGAUAUGUUGAUGGAGCACUAUGACCGGCAUGACUACUGUGCAUGCUGACCCUACUUUAGUUUAGUUUAUAUAGGUUAAGCUCAUUAUUAUCAACAAAUAGACAAUAAAAUCAGACAAGUGAUUGAUUAAUUGAUUUUAACCAUUGAGCACAAAGUAGUGAGAGUAAGAGGUGUUUUAUUAUCGGUGCCGCACAUUUUUUAAUGUAGAUCAAAUUCCACAGCCAAGACCCACAUUGUACGUAGUUUUACACACACACACAAAUUCCAAUAUUAUUUUUGAAAUGAUGCCUGCAAAAUCAGGUGCCUUACUCAAACAGAUGAAAACCCAAACUUGAUCUUACGGAACCAAGAUUUCUGCCCAUUAUGCCAAGAACUAAAAUCCAAUUCUUUUUUGUUUUUGGAACCGUGAGGAGCAGUGAGCUUUUUUUGCAGAUACAGAGAACUGUUGCUGCUUCGCCUCGUACAGUUUUCAUGUAAAGAUGAAUGUAGUCUUCCUUCAGUGGAAUCAGUUCAAUGUGUUUGUACUCUUUUGACUUGUGGAACAUUUUGGUUGAGAGACUAUCCAAAGAGUGCUGCAGUCAUGAUGUAGACUCAUUUAAAGUUUAUAUUGUCCUUUACGCAUGUUUUAUUUCUCCGAUUGUGUUCUAUUUUUUGUGUUUUGUUUAUUGUACAAAAUCUGUAGGCUCUUACAGAAGUUUGAAUUGUUUCUGCCUUUGUACUGUAGUCAUCACCUUUUACCUGCCAUAACAUUUCCUGUACUUUUAUUUAUUUGUUAUUAGCUCACCAACCGUGGUUUCUAGAAGAAAUUGCAUUAUUCCGUAAUAAUACGAUACAAGAGAAGGCCUUUCUGAAGGACUGUAAACAGACCCGUAGUGGUGGAUUGGGGACUUUUAUUAAAGGAGCCCUGUGAGGAACCGCUAAAUCAGCUCUGCAAAGACAAUGUCAAACCUUGGAAGCGUUGUGUCCCAUCACCAAUGUUCAAGAUUACUGUGCCUCUCAAAUCUUCUGGUUCUGCUGUUCCUCAGAUUGCUGGGAAAUGACUUUCUUUUCGUGGAGCAGUGUCACUCAUCCACCACCCAACAGAGAUGGCCUUCAGCAGUUGUUCUCCAAUGAACAGAAUCAAAGUUUUCCGACAACACAAACGACACAAAGAGAGGUGCGCAUUGUUCGACCCAGAUCUACCCCAGACCGAUUUGAAAUCAGCGGAGGGUGGGAAGCGGAGGGCUGUUUUUGCACUAGCCGCCAGCAGAUUAGCUACGCAGUUCUACGGGCGCGGGUCGGAGGAGCAGGUUCCUCGUAUCCAGUCACCUCCGCCGAGGAAGCGCCAGGUCUUCUCCCGAGGGUCGCUGCAGCGUAGCUCCCUCUGUACCGCUGGUGGGAGGAAGCUCUUCGUUCCAGUGCGUUCAAAUCAAAACUUGGACAUUGGGUAGGAGUCCCGUCUCGCCACCCAUGGUGCUGAAUUUAAAAAAUAAAAAAAAUAACUAAAAAAAUAACUAAAAAAGAAAAAUGUACUUGAACACCCUCAGUGGCAUGAGAGCUGUGACUUUUUAAGGAUCUGUUGUCAGGCUUAUGGACUUUUCCCCCGCAUCUCGCAAGAAGCUGCGCUCGGACAGUGGCGACUGUGACAUCGACUCCAGCCACUGCCGCAGCCGCGCCAAGGCCUCGCGCUCGACAAACAACACAACAACAGCAGGGCGGCCGUUUCGGACUUGGACUGAACUUGUGUUCGGGUGGGAAAGGGGUGUGUAAAUGUAGCGGUGAUAGCUUUUCUGUUUGUUUGUUUUUGUUUUUUACUUUGAGGAGGACAUGGAGAGCUAGUAGGGUCACCUGGACUGUUGGGCCCAGAUCCCUCAACUUGCACUGAAGUGCACAGAACACAUUCGGACGACUACCAAACACCGCAGCGUUCCCGAUAAUGCUUACAGACCCUCGUACCUUUCCCCCAACACCGCACACUCGCAAAUGCACACACACAUCAUCACACUGCAAUGAUUUACAUCUCCUUCCAAACUUUGCCAAAUUUCCAUUGAGUUAGAAAUUAAAUUGACCUUCUUUAAACUUUGGGUGCAGAUCACAAAAAUGAACAAGAAGUUUCUUUUUGUUUGUUGGUUUGUUUUGUUGUUUGUUUUGGAAAAUCCAUACAACGUUGAAUAUUACGACGACUCAAAGAAUUCUCACCCAUUUGAGGAAAAAAAUGAAAAAAGCUACACAAUUCAUGACCUUGAUGUAAUGCUUCUGAUGUCGUAUGGUAUUCUACUAGAUAAUUUUAGCAUGGGAUCUUUCAGUAGCUAGUACUGUGUGUGUACUCCCCCCGGUGUAAAACUUCUCUUUUUGUCACAGUAGGAAGGCUGUAUAUCAUUGCUAAGUGCUCUGUUAUAGAUCUCUUGGUGAUAUUCAUAAGCAAAAUUCUGCAGUGUAUCCUACUGAAACUAACAGUUACUUGAUCCUAUUAGCAAUGUCUAUAUUUGUAGUUCACAUAUAUGCCUGUUCAAAUUCAAUAUCUUGACAGUUGUUCUAUUUAUGUUUCAAUGUUGUGCUGGGUUUAUACUUUUGACUUUCUCUCUUUAUCGAUUUAUUAUUUUCUUUUGUUUCGUUAUUUUUUUAAAGGCACAUUUAGUUGGAGAACAGCUUGGUUAAUUGAGCCUUGUUAAUGUAAAGAUGUGAAGUAGGCUAAAAUCAGUUGUGAUUGACUCUUGAACAUGUGUCCGCUUGUGCUAUCGUGCCUCUCUUUCUUUCUCAUUUUGUAUUAUCCUUAAUUAUGUCACUGCAUCGUAUCAGCCCGGAGUUGGUACCACAAUUUUUGCUUGUAACCAUGAUAGUCUAAUUCUAUUAUUGAUUUUAAUAUCGGAAAUAAACAUUAGAAACGACA